CUUUUAGAUGCUCGAUAAAUCUGUGCAAUUUCUAUAAUUCUGGCAUUUAACUUUUUUAUUUGAUAUAUUCACAUUUAAUAUUUUUUAAAAGUAUAUGUGGUAUUUGCAAACAUUGUUAUUUCGUUUCGCUGAAUAAAGUAUUUUACUGGUUAUUCUUGUAAUGCAUUCAGAAGCUGUGGAACUGCACCCCAAUUGUUGCUCGCACAAAUAUGUUCCAAAGCGAAGAUCAAAAAGUCGUUGAAAUUAUAAAAUCAACGGAAGAGGUGGCUGAUAAAAUAUUAGUGAACAAGCAAGAGUUAGUGGAGUUGGAUAAGCGGAGGCAAGAAACUCGUGAGGCGAUACGUAAGGUAGAAAAAAAUGGCGAAAAGAAAGUGUGGAUAACUGUAGGCAGCAUGCUCGUUAAAUUGGAAAAUGAAAAGGCGUUGAAACUUUUAAAAAACGACCAAAUGCAAAUUGAACGUGAAUAUAAUAUUAUUACUUCGGAUCAAAAGAUAUUGGUUAACAAGCAUCGCGAUUUAGAAUUUUUCUCACCCUAUUCAGGCACACAUUUGCAACCACUCGACCGAAAGGAGUUUGCAGCGCUUAAAGCAAACCUGCCGUUUCUGUAGCCAAAUGAAACAAUAUGUUAAUUAUUAUAUUAUAUGUAUUUAGCUAAAGAAACAAUUUAAAAUAAAUGAUAUUAAUCAUAUGGGUUUCAA